AUGGCAGCUGAAGAGGAGCACACCUUGUGGUACGGCCAACCCGCCGACCUCUGGGAAGAGGCGCUCCCAAUCGGAAACGGACGGUUGGGUGCAAUGGUUGCAGGAACCACCAACAAAGACAGACUUUGGAUGAAUGAAGAUUCUGUCUGGUAUGGUGGUCCGCAGGAGCGCGUCAAUCCCUCCGCACGCAAAAACCUGUCUAAAGUCAGGGAGCUCAUGGACAAUGGUCGGUUAGAAGAAGCCGAGAAACUCAUUUCCAGAACAUUUACUGGGAUGCCAGAGGCUCUGCGGCACUAUGAGCCUCUUGGUGAUGUUUUCCUUCACUUCGGUCAUGGCGUGGAUGCUGAAAGCACCAAAACUAUGCCUGCUGGAAUUCCGGAUCUUCUGAGCAAGGGCACGAAUAGAAGGGUCGGAACCAUUACGAAUUAUCGGCGAGAGCUUGAUUUGAAAACCGGAAUGGUUACAGUUCAGUACGACUAUGAAGAUACAGCCUACAAGCGACAAUAUUUUGCCAGUACGACUGAUCAAGUGCUCUGUGUGCGGAUCAGCAGCUCCAGGCAUGGAUCUCUCAACUUCGCUGCUUCCAUCAACCGUGGAGAUCACGAAGAUGUGGACCGAAGACUGAACAAAACCCUCGACAGGCUUGAUCACAUUCCAAACGGUCUUAUUCUUUCCGCAUCAAUGGGGAAAACGGGCGUCAAUGCUAGUAUGGGAAUCUCAGUGCACUUGGAGGGUACACGAGGAGAGAUUGAUCAAGAUGGGAUUGAUAUAGUGGUGUCUAAUGCUGAUGCUGCUGUCAUUUUCAUCUCUGGCGAAACUACCUUUCGGAAUGACGAUGACUGGAAAGCAGUUCAGGAUAGACUUUCCCAAGCUGCUCAGAAAGACUGGCAGUCUCAUCUGACCUCCCAUCUGGAGCGAUACUCCCGAUUAUACGACCGGGUGUCCUUGAGUUUGACCGACUCUUCAACGGCCACCCAGAGACUCAAACCCACGAAUGUGAGGCUUCGUGAAGUCAAAAAUGGUGCCACCGAUGAGGGGCUAACGGCACUCAUGUUUCAUUAUGGGCGUUAUCUCCUAAUUGCAUGCUCGUUGCAAGGCCUUCCGGCAAACCUCCAAGGUAUAUGGAACAAAGAUAUCAUGCCGACGUGGGGAUCCAAGUACACGAUAAACAUCAAUAUUCAAAUGAACUACUGGCCGGCAGAGGUGACCAACCUACCAGAGUGUCACGAGGCUCUAUUUGAGCAUCUGGAGCGCAUGCAACAGCGUGGAGAAAAGACGGCCAGAGAGAUGUAUGGCUGUCGAGGCUGGGUGUCGCAUCACAAUACUGAUAUCUGGGCUGAUACAGCACCUCAAGACCGCAACUUGACUGCUACGUACUGGAAUCUGAGUGGUGCAUGGUUUUGCCUUCACCUUUGGGAACAUUAUCUGUACAAACCUGACCUAGCUUUCCUCAAGCGAGCAUUUCCGAUCAUGAAAGGAGCCGCCGAGUUCUUUAUGGAUUUCCUGGUUGAACGAAAAGGACAUCUGGUGACUUAUCCCAGCUCUUCAGCCGAAAAUGCUUAUUAUCUCCCCGGCACUCGACAAGUUGCGACAAUGUGCGCUGGACCAGCUUGGGAUUCGCAAAUCCUCCGAGAACUGUUCAGUGCCCUGGUUCAAGCUGGGUCUCAGCUUGACCAACCCACUGAAGAAUUUGCCUCCGUACUCUCAAGAUUACAGAAGCCUCAGAUUGGUUCAAAGGGCCAGAUUCUAGAAUGGAUGGAGGAGUACGAAGAGGUCGACCCGGGACAUAGACAUCUCUCGCAUCUAUGGGGGUUGUUCCCUGGGACGUCAAUCAAGUCGCAAGAACUCCAGAGAGCUGCAAAAGUGAGUAUUGACCGCCGGCUUGCCUCCGGGGGAGGCCACACGGGAUGGAGCGUGGCCUGGAUACUCUGCUUCUACGCUCGCCUCAAGCUGCCUGAACGUGCGCAUCAGACUGUUCAAAAGAUGAUGAGACAGUCGGUGCUUCCCAACCUGUUCGAUGACCACCCGCCGUUCCAGAUCGAUGGAAACUUUGGCCUGGUCGCUGCUUUGGCAGAAAUGCUGCUUCAAAGUCACAAGGAGGGUGAGAUUGAGCUUCUUCCAUGUCUCAUGCCCGCUUGGGAAGCCAUGGGGUACGUUCGCGGGCUGAGAGCGAGGGGUGAUGUGACGGUGGAUAUUGCGUGGGAGAAUGGUAAACUGAAGCAAGCUCGCCUUGUCUCAGCCGCCGCACAGACUCGAACAAUCAGAAUUGCGAAAGAUCGUCUAGUGAGCGGAGAAGAAACAAUGGUAGUAACGUUCAAUCCUGGCCAGGCAGUUGAGCUCAGUGGGAAUUGGUGA